UCAUUUGCAAGUGUUAUAUAGUAUACUUUGCAUACAGUUGCUAUUUCAAGACAUAAGAUGGCAGUAGUGUACAGACUACAGUGUAUUGCCGUAGUCAGGAAGUAGUAAUUGCCAUUAGGUUGAGUGUGCCAGUUUUUCCUUUUGUUGACUUCAACAAAGUGGUUAUACUGUAAAUAUUACACACCAGAUGUUUGAUUAAAUCUGCAUCUUAUUUGGCGAGCAAGUAACCUUGUUUUAAUUUUUGUGCCUUUUGUUCUAAAACCAUAGAUCCCAGUAAGCGGGCUGGUCAUUAAUGUCUAUUAUAUCUAUUGCUCAUUCAUAUCUACAAAGCUGUCGCACUGUGUGGAUAUUAUUUUCUCUUCUGACUUAUUAAUCUACUAGCUAAUUGAAUCUUCUUAGCUGGUUACUCUCUGCUGUUUUGUAGAAUGUAUUAUAGAAGGCAUUUAUUCUUUACUCGUUUCACUACUUCACAUGUAUGCUAGCCUUGCAGUUAGCAUGGCUUUUCCUCCCUUUGUGUGUAUCCGCGCUGGAUCUGCGUUACUUUAUUUAACAUAUUUAAAUAAUAGAUAUUUGGACAUUUGUCCAUCAAUUCAUUAUCGUCCACGUCCCAAUCAUGGUGCAUCUAAGAAUCGAUCAUUCUCCCCCACCCCUGUAAUAUAUAUUAUGGACACAUCUAAAUAAUUUAUACUUGCAUACACUUUUUUUGAACUGAUGAUCUUAGCGUCUGCAUUUGUUGAGAAAUGUUUUCUACAGUCCCUAAAAAUCUACAAUCCCCCUUUUUGUUUGGGCUUUGCCAUUGUUCUUUGUAUUGGUCCAUUUCAUUAAAUAACUCUAAACGGCAAAAAGAAAGUACCAGUUUCAGUCCGACAUGAUCACUAACUUGGCAGCGGAUUAACAUCUAAAUGUCCUCCAAUAAGUACACAUGGUUGGUAUUUUCUUGUAUUUUAGUCAGGUCAUUUACAAAAAGGUAAACAUGGGAAGCUAAACAUACGUGUAUAUGAUAAAUGUCCUUAAUUGGGAGUCUAAAACAGCAUUUUUGUUAAUAUAAACUAGUAUCAAAUAGAUAAGGUUGCAUAUUACUUACACAUACAAAAUCUCCAAGGCAGAACCAUAUUAGAUAAGUAUCCAGUAACAAAAGUGUCCUCGUAAUUCAACUUUCUGCGUCAUGACUCAUGAGCUUAACUUUAUUAAUUAUUGUGGCCACUAGAUAACGCCAAAAACAAUUACCAAUCCACUUCAUCCUAAAAGUUAAGUUAAAGUACCAAUGAUUGUCACACACACACUAGGUGUGGCGGAAUUGUUCUCUGCAUUUGAUCCAUCACCCUUGAUCACCCCCUGGGAGGUGAGGGGAGCAGUGAGCAGCAGCGGUGGCCGCGCCCGGGAAUCAUUUUAGGUGACUUAACCCCCAAUUCCAACCCUUGAUGCUGAGUGCCAAGCAGGGAGGUAAUGAGUCCCAUUUUUAUAGUCUUUGGUAUGACUCGGCCGGGGUUUGAACAGCGUAAGUCAGUUACAGACGGUUAAUAAUAAAUAGGUUGGUGUUUUUCAUACCUACCAUUGUUCUGUUUUUGACAAAUUUCCCUUUUCCAAACUUUACUAACAUUCCACACUACUAAGUAAUAAAAUGAUGUAUGGAUCUUGCUGAUAUCGUAUCAGAUCAAUAACGGUAUCGGCCAAUACGCAAGUCUCCAAUAUCGGUAUUGUAUCAUAAGUAAAAAAAAAAAGAAGUUAUCGUUAGUAUCGGGUUAAUGUGUAUUCCUAAACAUAUUUGUCUUGCUUUUCAUGUUAUUUACUCACUUUUUGCAAAUGUCCCGUGUCCAAUUAUGCAAAUGUGUUGAUUACGCCACUAUAUCAAAAGAUUUACACAUUGACUUGUUUUCAAAUAUGAAUGCAUUAAUCAUAAAUAAUGUAACAUAUUUGUAAUAUCACAUGUUUCACAUCAAUUACUUUUAUAAAUAACAUCACUUAUGUAUUCUAUGUGUUAUAUCCACCAUUAUUUGACUUGACAUAGAUUCUUAUGGGUUAAGAUAAUUUGCUAAAAUGAAAAGAAAUAUGGAAAGCAUAAAGUAAAUGUGUAAGACAUUAAAAAAAGUGUGUGUGAUAAUAAUGGGGCGUGGAUGUUGGACGUCUUGCAGCCUCUCGACGUCACUCCCGUUCAACCAGUGCUCUCACAGCCAACCCCAAUGGCCAGUCAGAUCGCUAUGGGUUGAUCCACCAAGCUAGAAUCUCAGCAUCAGUAAAUGCAAUGAGGGUCCUUAACACUGGAACUGAGGUGGAGGCCGCAGUUGCUGAUGCUCUGCUGUUAGGAGACUCCAGGAAUAAGAGGAAGCCAAUGAGGCGGCGGUACGAAUCACCAGGAAUAUACUCUGAUGAUGACGCCAACAGCGACGCAUCCAGUGCCUGCUCAGAGCGCUCGUAUGGCUCAAGAAACGGCGUCAUCCCACAUUACCUUCGCCAGACUGAGGACGUGGCGGAGGUUCUUAACCACUGUGCCAGUUCCAAUUGGUCCGAACGGAAGGAGGGUCUUUUGGGACUUCAGAAUCUGCUCAAGGGUCAAAGGAUAUUGAGUCGAGUGGAGCUGAAGAGACUUUGUGAAAUUUUCACAAGAAUGUUUGCGGAUCCACACAGCAAGGUGUUCAGCAUGUUCCUGGAGACUCUUGUGGAUUUCAUCACGGUGCACCGGGAGGACCUGCAGGACUGGCUGUUUGUCCUGCUCACCCAGCUGCUGAAAAAGAUGGGUGCAGACCUGCUUGGUUCAGUCCAGGCCAAAGUCCAAAAAGCUUUGGACAUCACAAGAGAGUCUUUCCCGUUUGACCAGCAGUUUAAUAUUUUAAUGAGGUUCAUUGUGGAUCAGACACAGACCCCAAACCUGAAGGUGAAGGUGGCCAUUUUGAAGUACAUUGAGUCUUUGGCGCGGCAAAUGGACCCGACAGACUUUGUCAACUCCAGCGAGACUCGCCUGGCCGUGUCUCGCAUUAUCACCUGGACCACCGAACCCAAAAGCUCUGAUGUCAGGAAGACCUUAAAUAAGUGGGUGAGUGAGGAACUAGAUGGCGGGGUCAGUACUGCAGCUCUACUGUCCAUUGAGGGCAACCUGGAUGAAAGGUGUAAGCAGGCUGCCCAGGUGGUGCUGAUUGCCUUGUUUGAGCUCAACACACCAGAGUUUACCAUGCUGCUGGGAGCCCUGCCCAAGACCUUCCAGGACGGUGCCACCAAAUUACUGCACAACCACCUAAAGAACUCGAGUAACGGCAGCAGCAGCGUUGGGUCUCCAAGUAACACGAUUGGUCGCACGCCACCUCGCCAUAUGCCGAGUAGAAGCAGCCCACUCACCUCUCCAACUAACUGCUCACAUGGAGGACUUUCGCCAAGUCGGUUAUGGGGUUGGGGUGUCGACGGACUGGCAAAGCAACCCCCCGCCCUUACUCCUCUUCCUCCGCCUAACUCCAACCCUGCUGCUCCUUCUUUCAGGGUCCUGCGUAGAGCUCCCUCACCCAGCAUGAUGGAGUACGAUACUGAGAACAUGAACUCGGAGGAUAUCUACAGUUCCCUGCGUGGCGUCACAGAGGCCAUCCAGAGCUUCAGCUACCGCAGCCAAGAAGAUCUGAAUGAGUCUAUCAGACGAGAGGGCAAGCGAGACGAUGCGGCGGGGAGAGAAGGAAUAUCGUCUAGUCCUGCUUCUGAUGCUCGCCCGGGAUCAGAUGCACAGGAAGUGGGUCGCACUGCCUUGGACAACAAGACGUCGUUGCUCAACACACCGUCACCACGCUCAUUUUCCGGGCCCAGGAGUCGGGAAUUUGCUCCUUACGGCCACGGAGAAACCAUCUGCACCUACAACAAGAGCGCCCUGAAGGAGGCAGUGUUUGAUGAUGACGUGGAACAGUUCCGUGACUGCCCUCGUAAGGAAAGUGCUGAAAACGCCAGGAGAUUUCCUGUUGGUCAGGACCAUUCAGACCUGGUUGCUGACCUGCUGAAGGAGCUGUCCAAUCACAAUGAGCGCUCUGAUGAACGUAAGGGUGCCUUGGUGGAGCUACUGAAGAUCACGAAAGACAAUAGCCUGGCUGUGUGGGAUGAACAUUUCAAAACCGUCCUCCUCCUCCUGCUUGAAACACUGGGAGAUAAAGAUCACACAAUCCGAGCCUUGGCGCUGCGUGUGUUGAAAGAAAUAUUACGGAAUCAGCCGGCCCGCUUCAAGAAUUAUGCAGAACUAACAAUCAUGAAGACCUUGGAGGCGCACAAAGAUUCUCACAAAGAGGUGGUGCGUGCGGCUGAGGAGGCGUCUUCAACGCUGGCAGGAUCAAUUCAUCCUGAACAAUGUAUCAAAGUUCUGUGUCCCAUUGUACAAACUGCUGAUUAUCCAAUCAACUUAGCUGCCAUCAAGAUGCAAACUAAAGUCAUUGAACGCAUCACCAAGGACUCACUAGUGCAGCUGCUGGCUGACAUCAUUCCUGGUCUGCUGCAGGGCUACGACAACACAGAAAGCAGCGUCCGCAAGGCCAGUGUGUUUUGUCUGGUGGCGAUCUACUCUGUAAUUGGUGAGGACCUCAAACCUCACCUGGCACAGCUGACAGGCAGCAAGAUGAAAUUAUUAAAUUUGUACAUCAAGAGAGCUCAGACGACAAACAGCAACAGCAGCAGUUCUUCUGAUGUUUCUUCCCACAGUUAACAACUUUGCUCAUCUUCAACGUCACAUAGAACACGUUCAUACCCCGUCAACCAAAUGUACAAAUCAAUUACUUCAUUAGAAAAUAUAUGUACAAAAAAGCAUCACUCUUGUAGUUUAUUUGAAGUAGUUUUAAGUUAAUUAAGAAACAAAACACUAUUGUAUUCUUAUUUUGUAAUGGAACAAUGGCUUACACAUUUUGGAGCUUUUUUUUCUUCUUAAGAGUUGGGCGAGACCACAAGUACACACACACACACACACACACAGACACGCACACACACACACACACACACACACACACACACACUCACACACGUUGACUGGCAUGUACAAAGUAUUAGCUUACUAAAAACUGUGAAUUAAUUGUGACGAUGCAAACGCAGUAUUCUCCUGUGUGUACCACCAAUAAUUAAGUAGUACUUUGUAAAUACGCGUGUAGGAUUCUGCUUGGCAACGUGUGGCUUGCUGAUGUCAAUCAUUUCUACCUUUAUUUGGCGUAAAAUAUUUCCAUUUUUGUGGACAAAAAAAAAGAAAAACUCUUGAAAAAGUUUUUUUUUUAAUCCAGCAUCAAUUUAAGAUAAAACUGUCCAAACUUUUUACAGCCAAUAAAAAUGACUAAAACCUAGAUAAAAUACACAAAAAACAAAUACAAUGUAAGUCAAGCAGUUAAAUAUACUUAACAUUCUAAAUACAUUUUUUAUUUAUUAUUUCCUUCAUCUAAAAUGUAUUUAUUUAAUUUUCAAUGUUUGUGUGUGUGGGGGAGCGGGGUAAAUUUAUUUUGUAAGUUAUUUUUAUUUUUAAAAAUUUAAAUAAUUCCUAGCUCAUGAGAUUUAGUUUUUUUUAUUAUUAUUUUUAUUUAAAGGCCUUUAAUUGUAUUUUUUUUUCUCACAUCUAAUAUAUUUUAUUUAAAUAUUUUGUAGGUGCAUACAAAAUAAAAUGCCUUCCUAUUUAUUUUACCCAUCUGAAACUUUAAUGAAUGAAUACAUUCUCCAAAUCCAUACAGUAUAUAAAAGGCCUUUAUAAUUGUAUAUGAUGAUCUUAAAUCUAAUAUUGUCUUUUCACUAGGUACAUACAUAAAAAUAGAACCCAAUACAUUUUGUCUAAAUAAAUAAGAAAAAUCCCUAUCUAAAACUUUAAUACAUUUUUAUGUUUCCUUCUUACAUAAAUAUUAAAUAAGCCAAUAUAUUAUUAUUAUUAUUAUUAUUUUUUUUUUUGGUCAAAUGUAUUUAUAAUUUUGAAUAACCUCAAAUCAAAUAGUUUUUUUGAUUUGAGAUUAUACACAAUUAUAAAGAUUUAAUAAAUUAAUGUAUUUCCAGAUUUGAUAAAUAUCACAUAAGACAAUAAGUUUGAAAAAAUGUAGAAAAUAUAUUAUUUAGAUUAUACAUACAUACCCAUUUUUUGAAUUUUUACAUAGCAAACAACUUUUUCUCAUAACGUGUGAAUAUUUUCCUUUUUAUUGAGUUCUUGAUUACGGUCUAAUGCAGACUGUUUUUUUUUUGUUUUUUUCCAUCUUAAAUGAAAAAAAAAUCACUUUAGCCUGGUCUGCUGUUGACGCCACAUUUCUAUUUUGGCACUUAAAACUGUCCCAUCCCCCCUGCAGAUUACACGCUGGUAAAUUUGGUACGACUUUUGUACCAGAUUUUGGACACGUUUGACUUAAAGCAGGAGUGUCCAAAGUGUGGCUGGCAGCUCAAGUUUUGUUGGCCCGCACAUAUUGUUGAAAAUAAAUUUAAUAAAAAAGACAUAAUUUAAUGCAGAAAAGCAGAAUGUUUGAUAAUUAAUAAUUGUAAUAAUAUUAUUAAUAAGUAUUAUUACGCUUUGUCACUUAUAACACAAAGCUGACACACCUGUUUGUAUUUAACUAUAAAUGUUUGUUUUUAGCAGACAUUUUAGUUUUUUUGAAAAUGGCCCCAUGCUUUGACUUUUCAGUAUGUGGCUGUUGGUGGAAAAAGUUUGGACACCCCUGAUUUAUGGAGAUGAAUGUGUCUUUUUAUACAACCCAAAAAAUAUUUGCAAACAAAAAAUAGAUUUGAAAUUAAAACAAAAUAUUUCCAAACCCAAAAUUUUGGUUACAAAUCAUGUUUGUGGUUACAAACUGUUUUAUUUUUAGUUGCAAACUUUUUUAAUUUUUAUUUAUUUUUUAUUUUUGUCUGGGUCGCCGCUAAACAAUACAAGGCAAGCAAAACUUUUUGUUUGUUAGAACAUUUUUUGGUUUCAUAAAAAGACAUGUUUUUCCCCAUACUGACUUACGAUGUAUGUCAAAAUGUAUGAAAAAGUGUAAAACGUUGAAGUCAGCAUUAUUCAAAAUAAUGGUUACUUUGGUGCCUUUGAGCAACAAUCUUCAUCAAAAGAAGAACUUUUAGUUGAAAGGUUUUUGAUUUUCUAAUCAAUGAAUGUUUUCUUACUUUCCUCCAUCGCAUGUUGGAUCACAUGCAACAUGGACGCCUUCUUAAUGUACAUGCCAGCUCUUUGGAUAUCUUUUCGUAUUUCUGACAUUUCAAUAUUUGUAUUUAUUUGAUGAGUCAUGCUAAUAUGUGCAUGAUGAUGACAUCACUGCUGGACUUGCAACAAUGGAAAUAAAAUGUUUCAGUAAUAAACAGAC